ACAGCUUUUGUCCCUUUUUCUCUGAGAGUAUACCAAUAUAAAGUCCAGAGGUUCUUCGUUAAAUACAGCAUAACACGUUUGGUCGCUUUUAACACUAGACUUGCUAAGGUAUUGUCAUUUCAAUGGUCUUUCUGCCAGUUUGGGGCGAUAGAUGGCAGCAGUUAAUGCAAAAUGAAAACAGGUCUACCAUCCUCACACUACUAGGCUAAAUGAUUGGAUUAAACGCUUAUUAAAGAGCAUAGCUCCUUAAACCUUUAACAUAUACCGAUUUGACCGUAGCUUAAAUACACUCAUAACCAGAAGCUGCUGAGGUUCUGAAGUCGCGCGCACUUGAUGCGACUGGAAUCAAUGCCAUCCAAUGAGUUAAGGGGACGUUCAGUCGAAGUUCCGCCCUCGUGUCUGUUUUAUUCGGUCCAUAUGAUCACGGGAAAGCGUAUAGAGCCCGUGCAAACUGAAAUAACGCGUUUAUUUGUGUCAGACGGAGAGAUUCCUCAGCUCUUGAGUGGAUUAUGACGCAUGUCUGAGUGUAAUGUCACGCGCGGCGGGGCUGCGCGGCUGGGACAGGUGUGUUACCUGUGGCUGUGAACGGAGGGAAUGGGCACGGAUCAGCAGCGUGCCGAUGAAACGUAUCGCUUUCCUUGAACCGUGUUGUUGUUUUCCGACCAGAAGCGUGUUUGGAUAGUGGAGCGGUGCCGGUGACUUUUGUCUAUUGAUUGAUCGCGAGCGGUUCGUGACGCCUUUGGAACGGGUGAAGACACGCAAACCACUCCCUGAGCACCGGACGCGAUCAAGCUCUCUUUUUGAUUGUGCAUCCAGUGUGAACGGGGAUUGCGCGCGAGUCUGACGCAUUAGCGAACCGGGCUGCGGUAGUAUGUGCGAGACGGUGAUGGCCGUGUCUCAGCUGGACAUCGAGCCUCAUCCACCGGAGAACGGCUUUGUUACCCCCGAAACUAGUAAAUCGCCCGAUUUACUCUCGCGGAUCGAUGGCGGCGUUUUGCCGAGCGUGGGCGGCUUCGGGAGAUAUCAGAAACAGCUGAUCGUUUUCACAUGGAUCCCGGCCAUUUUCAUUGGCUUCAGCCAAUUUUCGGACACUUUUCUCUUGGCUGAGCCUUGUGCGCAAGUGCAGCGGAAUAACAGCGUUGUUUCGCUCAAUGUUACGCAGCCGAUAUAUAAUAUCAGCGUCAAUAAUCCAAGCAACACCGCUGAUGCGUCAUCUCAAUGCAUCUGUACGGAAUCGAUGGUAUGCGAACUGCAAGUCGGACUAGAGCAAAAUGUUGUCACCCAGUGGAAACUUGUGGGUGAGUCUGCCUGGAUGGUUCAUAUUGCCAAAUUCUCCCUGUUGGUGGGCUCCAUCUUUGGAUAUUUGGUGUUGGGAAUUGUGGCAGAUUGGUUUGGACGACACCCGGUCCUGAUCCUGUCCGUCAUCUUCAUGUUAAUUUUCGGCAUGACGGUGGCCUUCUCCGUCAACGUCCCGAUGUUCAGCACCCUGCGCUUCUUUGAGGGCUUUUGCUUGGCAGGAAUCACGCUCUCGCUCUAUGCUCUGAGGAUAGAGCUGUGUCUGCCAGGAUGGCGUUUCUCCAUGACCAUGGUGGCAAACUUUGUGGCGUUGGCGGGGCAGUUGCUCAUGCCGGGACUGGCAGUCCUCUGUCGCGAUUGGCAGAUUCUGCAAGCAGUCGUAAUUUGCCCUCUCUUUCUCAUGCUGUCCUAUAUCUGGAUUUUUCCGGAGUCUCUGCGCUGGCUGCUAGCGACGAAACAGUACAAUCGCUCUAAAUGGAUCAUGGAGCGCGUCGCCAAGAAGAACAACAUCAACCUAGAGGAGGACGCAGAGGAGCUCAUGACAGAGCUGAACCAAGCCCUGCCAAAGCAACCCAGGAAGACAUGCAUUGUGAAGAUGGUUGGCACAAGGAACCUGUGGAAGAAUAUAGUAGUGCUCUGCGUCAACUCACUGACAGGUUACGGGAUACACCACUGCUUUGCACGCAGUCUGACGGAAGACCAGCCGACCUCCGUGUUCUCUAAUUUCUAUGCCAAAUACUACACCAUGGGGGGCACUGCUGUGGCAUCAUGCGUGGCGCUCUGCCCUGCCGUGGGCAUGAUGGGGCGGCGCGGGGGACUCCUCGUGUUUAUGAUCAUCACAGCCCUGGCCUCUCUCCUUCAGCUCGGCCUGCUAAACCUGUUGGGGAAGUACAGUGUUCAACUGAAUAUUGACAACUCUGUUACGCUGAACUCCAAAUUUUCAAUGGCUUUCUCCAUCAUUGGCAUGUUCUCCUCCCACGCUGUCAGCAACCUAAGCAUCUUUUUUUGUGCUGAAAUCACCCCAACUGUGAUUAGGGGUGGCGGUCUAGGCCUCGUCCUGGCCAGUGCUGGUUUUGGCAUGCUGACGUCACCCAUCAUGGAGCUGCAUAACCAGAAAGGCUAUUUUCUGCAUCACAUCAUUUUCGCCUGCUGCACUCUUAUCUGCAUCAUUUGCAUCUUGCUGCUGCCCGAGACUCGCAAUCGACCGCUUCCAGAAACGUUAGCGGAUGGUGAAAGCUACACCCGCCAACCAUUACUGCCGCCUCGCAGACCGGGCGAGCAGCGCCUUCUGCUGACCAAGUCCGAGAGCCGCGAGUACGCGAGGGUAGGCGAUACGCCUCUCCACGAAGCAGCUGCCACUGCUAUUUCCACUAUGGACUCCACAGCCUCAUCCGCCGUCGAUCUUCAGAUGCUCAUUGAUGCCCCUGUCCAGCAAGUGACCGGCCAGGCACAGCUGUUCAGUAUGAAGUCAUUGACUUCUACCCAAGAGCCAGAUGAAAUCCAGCAAGAGUAUCCCAGAUCUGCGUCCAUGCCGGAAACCUCUGCCUCAUCCAUAGAGCAUCCUCUCCUUGCCUCUAUCCCAAACACUUCAACCCCAAUCGCUAUUAAUUACAUUCAGACACCUAAACCAGAAUCUCCAGCUGUUCUGCCGCCUUCAACUGCGGAACCUCCUUUGAUCACCGAUUCUACCCUGGAGUCCCCGACUUCUUCCGAUCUCCAAACUCCUUCGCUUUUAGAUAUAGGUACACCAGAUGCUGAAUUCCCCUUGCCAGUUGCUAAUGAUAUCAACAUCCUAACUGAAGUGGGUUCUGCAGGUCCCGCCCAAACCUUUCCUCUCUGCGCAUCCACUGGACAAUCACCCACUCCGCCUUUAAAUGACAUUCCUCCCUCUUCCUCAAUAGACUCUCCCGUUCACCUAGUCACUGAAAUUCUGUCCUCUUCCCCAACAGAACUGUCUUUGCCACCAAUGCCGGACCAGUUUGGUCAAGUUAAUGCCAUCCCAGCUCAAUCCUUUUCUUCACCCAUAGAUCCCGGCACUCCAUUGUUACAUUUAGUCGCCCAACCUGCGAUUAACUCCAUAGAAUCUGGCCCCCCUUCACCAGCUGUAUUGGAGCCAACCUUAAGUAAUGGUACUACUCUUCUUGCCACUGUGGGUUCAGCUGCACCUCAUGCCACAACCACCGACUCUGUUACAGAAUCCAGCCACCCACUUAUGACGAACUUGACUGUUUCCUCACCUAUUGACUCAGGUACACCUUCAGACGUUGACUUGCCCAUCACAGAAACCAACACUGCCAAUGGGGAGACGUCUUCAUGACGGACACGUUCGCUCCAUGAGACUUGGUGGACAGCCUUAUUAUCAAGAAGAAAUUCUUGUCAUGGGGGCUCAUGCCAGUCAUUGUUAGAAGUAUUUUUAUUUUCCAGCAGCCAUGACCCAAGAAUGGCAAUGCAAGGAGAAGGUAUAAAAGGAUUUGACUGAAAGGGAACAACCAUAAGGUUUGAUGCUCAAAGGGUUUUUACUCUCCGUUGGUUUCAAUGAAUUAAACAGCCUUCUUAGGGGUCGUUCACACAAAGCGCGUUUUUCCAUUCCAAACCGCUAUUUUCCAUUGUUUUUAUAUGUAAACAUGGUAGACGGAUGUGUAUGAUGCGUCUCGCACAUGAUUUUGGACAUUUUUGCUUUAUGUUAAGACAGUUAUUAGACAGGAAGCAAUGUGGGAGAGAGGGGGGACAGGAUUGGGAAAGGUCCGUAAGCAAGGACUCGAACUUGGGAUGCAUGUAGCGCAAUGGCGCUAUCUGUCGGCGUGCUGCCCACGAGGCUAUUGGUGCCGACUAUCGCCACGUCCUUAAGAUGUGGUGUCAAAAGAAUUUCAACUUUUACACACAGUGCCGCUCAUCAAUGUCAGUUCCAAAACAGCGGACCAAUCAGACGACCCAGAGGCGGGGCAAGAGUUGCAAGCUUUUGUUGACAGUAUCAAGUUGGCAUGGCAAUUGUUUUAUUUGACAGAAACAUUGCGGAGGCAUGUAAAGAUGCGUUCUGUGUGAACGACCCCUUACUGUGGUGCCAGUAACUGCUUUUUGGGCAGCUAGAUCCAAAUUUCCGUGUCAUCAUUGAGCUUGUGUUAUUACGAUCACUAAGACCAAUAGUGACAAGUUCCCACUCUGGAAUUUCAUAUAAUCUAGUAAUUACUGAUAUCUGCUUGUUUGAUGGUAAUUAACAACAGGUAGGAUCACAUUAGUCAAAUGUGAUUAAUUCUGAGUCAUUUUCUCUCAAUCAUUUGACUGUAAUUAAGUCCAUUAAAUUUUGCAAUAUUCAGGUGGGAAUACGGCAUCUGUGAAGUCCAGUAUCAAAGGGAAUUUCUCAAAAGCCCAAACACUGUAUAUUUAACACUGGGAAUGUUUGCCAAUGUGUCUUGAAGUGGAAGGCAAAUACCUCUAUGAAUUGGGUGUCGAAGAAACGCCAGUUUCUGUGUACAAAAGAGUAAGUGCAGACAAAAAUGCAUAUUUCCAAACCUGAUGUAAAAUAGACAUUACACAGAGACUGCUCAAAAUGGUAUUCGUGUGGUAUGUUUUAUUAAGCUAAUGUUUUUUUUAAGCUAAUCACUAGAUUCUGGUGGGGGGAAAAUAAUUUUGAGGGAUACAGAUGAUGUACUUCAUGGCUGUGUGUCUUAACCACAAUACACUCAAUCAAGUGUAUGCAACAGACGUAUUGUGAAUGUGAAAACUUUUGUAAUUUAUGCUAUUGUGGUACUGAUGUACAGUGGUACUGACUGCUUUAAAAAAAAAAAAAAAAAAAAACAUAUUUUAGGUUACUAUGUCUGUAUCAAUGAGUGUAUGCCCAUUGGUAUUUUGUUACCAUGUCUGUGGCACUUUAUUGUUCACAGUGACAAAAAAAAGCAUGUGAACAUGAAAAAAAAUGAAACUUUCAAUGAAUGAUGUGGAAGUAAUGAGAACAAAUAAUAAUUUGAGGAAUGACUACAAUUGUCAUCUUUCAUUUGUGGUACAUUUAUACCCACAGCAAUAAUGUGUUUAUAAUGUGCGACCCAUGCCAUGAGUUUAAAACAUUUCAGAUUUUUUAAAUUGUUAAAAAUCAGUGAAGAAUACUAAUAUUCAAUACUAGUUUUUAAUUGCUAAAAAUAUCCCCUAAAAUAUGGUAUCAGGUGGGUGUGCUUAUUCAUAAGUCUGGCUAAAACAAUUCAUUUCGGACAUGUACUUGGCACCAAAUGUAACAUUACUUUGGAUAAAAUGAAAAGAAUGUUUUUCAAUGACUGUGGCAUAUUCUUAAUCAUUCAAGCUAAUGUUUAGUUUCUGUUUACUUUCAAUAAAUAGUAUUAUUGCCCUGAAGUAUGUAAAAUUUGUAGAAAGGUUUUUGAUUAUUUGUUCAUUUAAAUGACAUCUUUUGUAUUUCAAGUUAUUCCAAGGACGGGGCAUUUUCUUCUCAAAUAUACCAUGGCCUUCUUCUGCUGUUUCUGGUGACCUGCUUUAGCUUUUGCUACUGUUGUUACAUUUGAUAUAUACACAUCCUGAAUGAUGAUGAGUCAUUUUCAAGCAUGUUACAUCAAAAGAACAAUCUCAAAAGAAAAAUCACACUUUUACAUUUGCAGUCGCAAUGUGACUUGUUAGUAUGAUUUGGCUUUGAGAUUUGUCCAAACUGUUUAAAGCAAUACAAAGACUCACAUUUUUAAGGUCUAAGUCCCAAAGGGGAUUCAGCAUUCAAUGAAACUUCAUUUCCUAGCCAAGAAUUCUGGAGAAAGAUUAGGCCAAGUGUGCAAAUACUGACAUGAAUGUUCGGCCAGUGCAUGCUUAACAUGAGCUCUUUUAACGUCGCUCUUAAUAAUCGAUAUUUAUGAGGGCAAUAGUUUUACCUUCAGUGCUUGUGCCAUUGAACCACAUUAGUUUCAAACAUACAAAACUUGCUCAGCAAGAUUAUUCAAACUGUUUGAUUUGCCAUGAGAGCAGUUGAUCUGAAAGAGUCUGCUAUAAUGCUUAUUGCAGCAAUACUGAGAAAGAAAUGCAUGCUUGCAUUCUAAAGCGUCAAGAUUGUAAUUCAAAACAACCACGUGAAAUUGUGCUUGUGCAGCUAGAAUGAUUUGUGUAUUUACUUGGAGAAGGUAUGUUUUGGGUCAAAUCUCUUCCUCCACAACGUUGAAUUCUCAGCUCACUAUUUGACACUAGACAUUAUGAAUUAUUCAUUAAGGUCAAGAUCAAAAAACACAGUCCUGCAUUUUGCUCUAAUGUAACAUUUUGAACAGGUUAAAUGCUGUAGUUGACACUUAAGAAUACACAUGAGAAAGCUAUACUGUGACGACUCUUCCAUAGGCAACUAACGCACAAGUGUCAGCCUAAAAAGAACAAUAUUUCUCGUUUUCAGGUAGAAUCGCUUGACAUGCCAGUCUUACGCAUAGCAUGCAAAGGUUGACUGUUAAUAAGAGAGAACAGCUGCAGUGAGGUGCACUCCACAUCUGCAGAUGAAGCACUAUAGAUAUGAACCACAUCAAACUGACCUUUUUUAAACUGAUCUGUCUGGAGUGAUCUCGGAAAAAUGAAUGUUAGAGCCAAUGCAAACUCUUUUAAAUUCAAAUUUGUGAUAUCUUGAGUAUAUCUCAUAUACUUGAAAAGGGUAUUUAAUGCAGGUAUUCCCUCAGAAUGUAAGAAACAAGAAUACUGGCAAGAGGAUGAAUGUCAAAAAAUUUAUUGUUUUGGGGUUUAAUGUACAUUUUUUAACAUAAAUAAUGCACAUGUAAAUAAAGUCAUAUGUGUCGUAAUAUACGUUAUUGAAUAAAAUAUAUUUAUUGAUAUA